AGUAAAGGGCGAUCUGCAAAGCGAACGAGACCAGACGGAACCGAAGCCGUAUGAGAAGCUCCCUGUCUGUGUUAACUGUGGACAGUGCCAUUACAGGACUUUUCCAGCUCGAGGACAGUGAAGCUACCGAACUACACGCGACAGCUUGUCCACGGCGCGCUUGUCUUUCUUGGAGCGUCAGGAUUUUUUUUUUUUUUUGUGGGUCAUGACACGAUCUGGUUGAUCGCUGGUUUCAGAACUUUCGGCGAUAUCGCUACAGGUGGAGGAUUUUCCUUUCUUAAAAAAAAUAAAUAAAUAAAAAGCAAAGCCGUGUCGAGCGCACAGAACUGAUGACGGCCGAGGUCCAGCAGCCUUCCGUGCAGCCGCCUGCCCAAAGCAGCCCGAUGUCCGCGCCCGAGAAAGCGCACGCUCAAUCGGCGGCCAUGGACGCGGCCUCCUCCACCACCAAAGCCAAAAAGACAAACGCCGGCAUCCGACGUCCUGAGAAGCCGCCGUACUCGUACAUCGCGCUCAUCGUCAUGGCCAUCCAGAGCUCUCCGACGAAGCGUCUUACACUCAGCGAGAUCUACCAGUUCCUCCAGAGCCGCUUCCCGUUCUUCCGCGGCUCUUACCAGGGCUGGAAAAACUCCGUGCGCCACAACUUGUCCUUAAACGAGUGCUUCAUUAAGCUGCCCAAAGGGCUCGGGCGGCCAGGGAAGGGCCACUACUGGACCAUCGACCCUGCGAGCGAGUUCAUGUUCGAGGAGGGCUCUUUUCGGCGCAGACCACGCGGAUUCCGGCGCAAAUGUCAGGCGCUCAAGCCGUCCAUGUACAGCAUGAUGAACGGCCUCGGGUUCAACCACCUACCCGAGUCUUACAACUUCCAGGGCAGCGGCGGAGGCCUGUCUUGCCCGCCAAAUAGUUUAUCUUUAGAGAGCGGGAUUGGGAUGAUGAACGGACAUUUGGCAGGUAACAUGGAGGGAAUGGGCCUGGCGGGACACUCCAUGUCUCAUCUGUCGGCCAACAGUGGACAUUCCUACAUGGGGAACUGUACGGGAUCCACGGGGAGCGAGUAUCCCCACCACGACAACUCAGCCUCGCCCCUGCUGUCCGGCGGCGGAGUCAUGGAGCCGCAUCCCGUUUACUCGAGCACGACCUCGGCGUGGGCGCCCGCGCCGUCAGCUUCCCUUAAUAACGGAGGGUCUUACAUUAAACAGCAGCCACUGUCUCCGUGCAACCCCGGCGCAAAUCCUUUACAGCCGAGCUUACCGACACACUCUCUGGACCAGUCAUAUCUGCACCAGAAUGGACACAGCACGACCGACCUACAAGGUAUUCCCAGGUACCAUUCCCAAUCUCCCAGCAUGUGCGACCGGAAGGAGUUCGUCUUCUCUUUCAACGCCAUGACAUCUUCAACUAUGCAUUCACCUGGAAGCGGCUCUUACUAUCAUCACCAACAAGUCGCCUAUCAGGACAUCAAGCCUUGCGUGAUGUGACAGCACUGGUGAUGAAUUAGAGACUGAUUCAACACUGAUGAAGGAGCCACUGAGCCUCUGCGGUGGGAAAAAAGCAACACACGGGCCUGAAAGAGCGCUGGAAAAGAAGGAGAAAAAGGACAACAGCGCUCACAAUGACAGGCUACAACCAUAGAAAAAUGCGAAAUGAUGCAAACUCGGUACAAAAGCAUGAACAGGAGAAAAGCCGGGUACCUUAACUUCACCGUGUCGGGUGUUUCCACCACCUUUCACAAACAGCCUUUAAGGUGAUGUGUGCCACAUUUAUUCAAGCUAUUUCCAAAUCAGACUGCGCAAAUUCUGAACUAAUCUGCAUCUCAAUGCCAAAAAGAAAAGAAAAGCAAAGCAAGAAAGAAAGAAAACCCGCUUGGUACUAACUCUGCUGGCGGAUGGAUACCACUUGAGUGUAGCUUGUGAGUGACUGUCCGUGUUGUCAUUCCGGGGAACCAGGAUUCAAUCGAGUUUUUCAGAGAAAACUGUAUUACGAGUUUUUUUUUUUAUAGGCCUAUAUAAAUAUAAUUUUCAUUCAGGACAAGCUGUUCGAUAUCUGAUCAGAGUAAAUUUGAAUUCUGUCUAAUCAAGUGCAAGUCAAAGUGUAACCAGGUUAUCACAUGGAAGGAAAACGAAGGCACUUUUAAACCUUAAAGCGCAACUUUAUUUAUUCUGUUUAUAUUUGGAUUGUAUAAUUAUAGCCAUAGUAUUGAACGCUUUAUCGGCAAUAUUUGCCCAGACGCUGUCUUAUUCAGUGUAAACAGAAAAUGAAGGUUUAAUGUAAGCACUGUUAUUUUGUUUGUUUGGUGUUUUAUUAUUAUUUUUUGUAUAUCCGUAUUGACACGAGUCAUUUUCCAGCACUGUAAAAAAAAAAUUGUAUAUGGUGUAGGUAAUAUCUUUUUAGUAGGCAUCUUUUACUUUCUAUUUUCGUGUCUUUAGACAUUAGGUCAUCUACGCACGAUAUGUAUAAAAUUGUAUAAAAACAAUAAUGGCAUGCAGUUGGAAUUAAACUGUUCAAAAGUA